UUUAUUAUCAUCCCUCAUCACUGCACAUCAUCAUCAUCAAAUACACUCCCACCAUCUCCAUCUCCUCCUCCUCCUCCUCCCUCCACCACAACCACCAUAAACUUUUUCAAGCUCUCGCAUACCACCUAACCACAACUUCUAUGGCUUGUGUUAUUUUAUACUUAGUUUCUUCAAAACCCUAACCCCAAUUAAAUCUUCUGUGCUUUUUCUUUAAAAAACCAUAGAUGUUUGAGCCAAUAUGGAGAUAACCCCAAAUACAGUUGGUCCUAAAUCCCCUGAACUUGACACUGAAACACCCACCCGGAUCCGACCCACUAAGAGCUUUACUAACGGAGUUCUCAAGCGUCACCACCUCCACCACCACCAACCGGUGGUGGUAAUAUACAAAGACUGUCAGAAGAACCACGCGGCUACAUUAGGUGGUCAUGCUCUUGAUGGGUGUGGUGAGUUCAUGUCUUCUCCUUCCGCCACCCCAACCGACCCCACCUCGCUAAAAUGUGCUGCAUGUGGUUGCCACCGCAACUUCCACCGCCGUGACCCGGAUGACCCUUUGACGCCACUACCUCCUAAUACUACAACCACGAUAGUGUACCAGCCUCACCACCGCCACCACCCACCACCUCCGCUGCAAUCGGUGCCGCAAUCGGGUCAUCGGAGCCCCAAUUCAGCAUCUCCUCCGCCGAUCUCGUCCUCCUAUUACCCUUCAGCGCCUCACAUGCUACUCGCUCUCUCCGGCGGCAUUUCGGGUCCGCAAGACCCAACAAAUUUCAACCAAUCUGGGAGUCCUAACACCAGAAAGCGAUUCAGGACGAAAUUCACACAAACCCAGAAAGAGAAAAUGUGCGAGUUUGCGGAGCGAGUCGGGUGGAAGAUGCAGAAGAGAGACGAGGAUUUGGUUCACGAGUUCUGCAACGAAAUUGGGAUCGCUAAAGGGGUUUUGAAGGUGUGGAUGCACAACAACAAGAACACUUUCGGUAAAAGAGAUGUUAAUGGGUCUCGAAUUGACACUGCUCCCACAACCGCCAUCGCCGCCGCAAACAACAACGGAAAUUAUGAGAAUAAGGUCCACGGGAUUGAGAUUCAUGUUGGGACUAAUGGGUCUUCUUCAUCUUCUUGAUCUCUUGGUGGAUUAAUAAGUACUGUUAGAUAGAGUAAGCUCUGCCACUUAGUUGUUUAAUUAAUCUCUUAAUUUUCCUCUGUUUUUUGAUUUUGUUCUAGUUUGAUUGAUAUUGAUGAUCAUCAUCGCCACUUUUUGUUGAGAAUAACAAACAUCGGAGAAAUUGAUCAUGAAAAAAACUGUCUUUUGAUCCGAAUGUGUCUCUCUUCCGAGGGAGUGAGAUGAAUUUCUUAUGUUCUGUCUAUGAAAAAGCAGCAGAGUAUUUUGCGGCA